UUUUUUAGAGCCACAACACAUAACUUUUUUAUUUGACAUGAAAAAACAAAACAAAAGGACAUCAUACAGCUUGUUUUCUUCAUUGAAGUUGCCAUCAUUUCCUGAGCACGUUUCUACUAUCGAUCUACUUCUCCUCUGCUAGUCAAGCGGGACAGCUAGUGUUGCAAGAUCAUGCAAAGAGUGAAUUUCAACCAACUAAUCUUUCCCCUUUCACCAACUUGCCCAAGCAUGUUAAAACUGAUUUUAUAUCAAACUGGUUCGGAUUUCAAGCUUUACAUUUGUUGUUGCAUUCAUCCUAAUCAACCUUGCAUAUCACUGAUCUCUGUUUACUAAUUCAAGCAUCAUCCAAUGGAAGAUGAAAAGGGUCUUGUAUCCAUGUUCCUCAUCGUAGCUUGUCUCUUUGUCUCGUGGGUUUUCGUGCACAGAUGGAACCAGAGGAACAAGAAAGGUCCAAAGACAUGGCCGAUCUUUGGAGCAGCCAUUGAGCAGCUGAUGAACUUCGACAGGAUGCACGACUGGCUUGUCAAUUACUUGUCCGAAUGUCAGACUGUCGUGGUUCCAAUGCCAUCCACAACAUACACUUACAUAGCUGACCCUGCAAGUGUUGAGCAUGUUCUCAAGACCAACUUUGCUAACUAUCCAAAGGGAGAGACGUACCAUUCAUACAUGGAAGUUCUGCUUGGAGAUGGGAUAUUCAACGUCGAUGGAGAGCUCUGGAGGAAACAAAGGAAAACAGCUAGCUUUGAGUUUGCUUCCAAGAACUUGAGGGAUUUCAGCACAGUUGUCUUCAGAGAGUACAGCCUCAAACUCUCUGCUAUCCUCACUGAGACUUCUUCCCACAAUCAAGUAGUAGAUAUGCAGGAACUUUUGAUGAGGAUGACACUGGAUUCAAUAUGCAAAGUUGGGUUUGGAGUCGAGAUAGGAACUCUGGCACCCGACCUGCCGGAAAACCAGUUUGCGCAGGCUUUCGAUACUGCAAACAUCAUCGUAACGCUUCGGUUCAUCGAUCCAUUGUGGAGGAUAAAGAAGCUGUUCAAUGCAGGCUCGGAAGCUCUACUUGAUAAGAGCAUAAAGAUAAUCAAUGAUUUCACGUAUUCUGUAAUCAGAAGAAGGAAAGCAGAACUUGAGGAAGCUCAAGCAACUGAUAAAGAUACCAAGAUGAAACACGACAUAUUAUCGAGGUUCAUAGAGCUAGGCGAAGACCCAGAGAGCAAAAUGACAGACAAAAGCCUAAGAGAUGUUGUUCUCAACUUUGUGAUAGCCGGUCGAGACACGACAGCCACAACUCUCUCAUGGGCUGUGUACAUGAUAAUGACACAUAGCCAUGUAGCCGAGAAGCUCUACAUGGAACUCAAGGCAUUUGAGAAUGAGAGAGCAAAGGAAGAGAAUGCAACAUUUGUUGAAUGUGAUGAUGUGGAUGACAUUGAAUUGUUUAACAAGCGUGUGAUGCAGUAUGCAGGGCUUUUGAACUAUGAUUCAUUAGGGAAACUGCAUUACCUCCAUGCAGUGAUUACAGAGACACUUCGGCUUUACCCCGCAGUCCCUCAGGACCCAAAAGGGAUCCUAGAGGAUGAUGUGUUGCCAGAUGGUACUAAAGUGAAAGCCGGAGGCAUGGUGACUUAUGUGCCUUAUUCCAUGGGAAGGAUGGAGUACAACUGGGGAUAUGAUGCAGCUUUGUUCAAGCCAGAGAGAUGGCUGAAAGAUGGGUUGUUCCAGAACUCGUCUCCUUUCAAGUUCACAGCAUUUCAAGCUGGACCAAGAAUCUGCCUUGGUAAAGACUCUGCAUAUCUCCAAAUGAAGAUGGCACUAGCCAUUUUGUGCAGGUUCUUCAAGUUCAGUUUGGUGCCAAAUCACCCAGUUCAAUAUCGAAUGAUGACCAUUCUGUCGAUGGCACAUGGCUUGAAGCUGAAAGCAGUCAGAUGCUUAUAAGCGACAUAUAAGUAUAUUCAUGCAAAGAAUGAAAUGGUCACUGUACCUUUUCCCCAUUGAAUAACCUCUAGAAAUUCAG